GAUGGACACACUGUCGCACUCGAAGUUCGCGCGUGUGCACGAGGCAACGGAACAGUUCGUUCCAAGACCGGACAUAAUAGAAUUUCCCGCGACGGAAAACCAAACGGCCGGCCUGGCGGUAAAUCAAGGGUCGACCGAUUAUGUUCGACAACUAGCGGCGAAACGCGCUGCAGCAAACGAGAGUAUAACGAGAUAUCGGGUAAUCUCGUCCGCUUUCUUCGCCUCCUCGUGGCCGAACGAUUCUCUGCCCGGUUCGUUCGCGAGCCCUGAUAAACGAAAGCGGCGGAAAAAUGUCACUUCGAUGCGUGACAUUCGAACGGUGAACGUGAUCCAUCGACAUGAGGCAGACGUUCUGAAAAAAAAGUCACAUUUAACGAUCGAAAUGAGCAAUUGGUAAUUUUUUAGAGAGAUCCUAUAGAAUCACGAUUUGGUGGGUUUUCGAGAUUUGAUCUUUCUUUUUGAGAGAUGUAUGCGAAUAAAAGCUCGUGUCUCUUUUACUUUCAUUUCUGUGGUGCAAGUUAUGUACAUACAUACAAGAUCGUAGGAUCAAGUGUUUCUUUUAGUUAUAUUUUUAAUGGUAACGGCGGGACCGGUGACUGUUGUUGCGUUGAUAGUGAAAUAUCGAACAGCUAACUUGUGCACCAAAUGGUUUCGAAGCCGAGUACGCUUAUCGAUUUUGCUGCACGCUCUGAGCAAAUUUUUUCUGUUCGAUCACUAUCGAACAGAAGCCAAUUACUACGUACAUCGUCACGAAAUGGACUAUGAUCAUUCGUGCGUUUGCUUAAACGAAGGAUUAAUUUGUUAAAAACAGUACGAAGUACGUAGCAGAAUUAACAUCCUAUUUAUGCUUCGCAUUAACAUUUUACAUUUCCUUCGUUGUUGUAUAAACCAGGCAGUCGUGAGAAAUCAUGUCAGUGUCGCGGAUACAAUUUGCAAUGGUACGUUCGCGAAAAAAAGAUUGUCUGAUGCCCAAGAGAAUGAUAGCCACGAGCAUGUUCCUUAUUCUUCGAAAGGCAACGUUCCAAUGAAAUACCAAUUUGUAUCAAUGACGAGCACAUUUUCCUUUUCUUUUCUCCUCGCGUUCUGUAAAUUCCAGAAAAGGAUGUAACACGCGUGUCCUUCCACGGGCCGAUAGAACAAAGAGGGGCACGCGAGGAACGAAUCGGUUCCAGACGUUAUGGCAGUGGCUCGUCAGUGCCUAAUCGAAGCAAGAAGCGAAAGAAACGAUCGAGCUUGGUACACCUGGUAAUAGGUGCCCGAUCAUUAAGCAGUGAAUGAAGAGGCGGUGACUAAUCUAUAUCUCGAGAUAUGGAAUAAUCAGUGUACGAUCGCAACUAGCGUUCAUUUUUCCACACCGUAUAUCGUACCGGGACCGAUCAACUUGCUGACAGUUCGUGCAUCGGACUCAGCGAUCGCUUAUGUGGGAGCAUAAUUGGAACCGAACGAGAUGAAUCCUGGUGAUACGAAGAGGAAAGGGAUCGAUGGUGGUUGGGCAUGGUUCGUUUGUCUCGGCAGUAGUCUAGUAACGCUCUCUUUAAGAUCUCUGGAUCCCUCGUUUGGUCUCCUUUUCCACGAUCCCUUUGAGGAACUCGACAUUGACUCCACAGGAGCGUCGUUCGUAAUGAGCAUUCUCGACGCUAUCGUUAAUUUCUCAGGUCUUUUAGUAGGGCCGUUGUUGAAAAAGUAUUCUUAUCGACAAGUGGCUUUUUUCGGAUCUCUUUUGAGCUGUACCGGACUGAUAUUGACGUCGAGAGCUAAUAGCAUGCUCCACAUUGUUUGCACUUACAGCGUUUUAGGAGGUUUGGGAACUGGACUAGCCAUCGCCUCGUCGUUCGUGGCGUUGAACACAUUUUUCGACAAGAAAAGAGGGCAAGCCGUCGGCUUUUCUAUGGCAGGAACAACUCUGGCCAUGAUGAUAGUACCUCAAUUGAUACAUCUUCUUCUGAGUUCAUAUGGAUUUCGUGGAACGAUGUUGAUCGUUGGAGGAUGGGCGUUGCAUUCCGUGGUUGGCGCUUGUUUGUUACGUCCACUUAACACUGAAAUUAAAAGUACGAAAGCUGACGCAAAGCGUGUGAAUAACACAUUCGGAAAUGACACGUUACUAGAACUAAAAAGCAACGGAAUGGUAAAAAGAGCGGGAUGUGACACAAGCGACUCCGAGAACAAUAUGGUAGAGUAUGAUAAAACGGAGGAGGUAAAAAAAAAGUCGAGAAAUGAAUAUUUUAAGAAGAUAAAGGAAACUUUUGAUUUAGACUUGCUUAAAGACGGCGUCUAUCUAAACAUCGUUAUUGGCUUGAGUUUACAUUACGUCGCUGAAUCAAACUUCAAGCUAAUGACACCGUUCUUCCUCACUAGUAUAGGAAUGAGCAAAGCGGAAGUUGCCUCUUGUUUGUCGAUAACUGCGUUCACCGACAUCCUUGCACGCCUUCUACUCCCAACUAUAUUCGACAGAUUCGGAUUCAGAAAGAGAAUCGUCUUUUGGGUAUUUUGCAUUUUCGUUGGAGUUGGACGUUCCACAAUGGCAGCGCAAUCUAGAGGAACAUUUUUGAUAAUAACAUUCGUGGUAAUAGGAUUUCUACGUGGCGCCACUUUGGUCAAUUUGAAUCUUACCGUUUCUGAAUACUGCCCCUUGAACAAGCUGCCCAGUGCCUUUGGAAUGUUCAUGGUAUUUAAAGGUUUAUUCGUUGUAAUCUUGAGUCCUGCAAUUGGAUACAUCAGAGACGUCAGCGACAGUUAUGCACUUUGUAUACACGUCAUGACACUAAUGACAAGCGUCACUUUCAUUACGUGGAGUAUCGAGUUUAUGUACAAAAAAUUGAAAAACAGACGAGCUGUUUUAGCUAAACAAGCGCGAAACGCGGUGAUAGAAUAAUCAUCAUCGAGAUUUCAUAAGAAAAAAUUAGGCUGGAGUUUUAAGCAAAAUUUUAUUUGUUAGAUAACAAAUAUUUAUCAUGCCUCGACCAGCCAAUGAACACAAAUUUCGAUUUCAUCGAAAUAUUCUAUUAUUUUUAUUCUAUAUGUGAAUAUUGUAUUAUUCCAUCACGUAUUAUUUUCUAUAAAAAUUUAUACUAAUUGUGAAAGAUAUUUCACAACACUGUUUGCACUACCUAGCAACAAUCGCAGAGAUGAAAAUUGAUAAUUCUAUAUUUGAUAAUUCUGCCUAAUAAUAUUUCAGUAAUGUAGAAAUACUUACAAGCGUAUUUUGCACAUAUGUAACUAUUUUUUAAAUAUGUAUAAUAUCUCGAAAGUUAAGUUAUGUUUGUGUAUCCAACUUUAUGAUAUUUCAACUUUUAAUAUUAUUAACCAUAACUUUUUAAAUACCUCAUCUAUGUAGUAUGGUCUAAUGUCUAAUUUAUUAAAAAUAUGAAACUUUAUUUUUGAUCGAAAUAAUUAGUGAGUGUCAAUGUUAGUUCACAAAAUUAAUAUUACUUAAGAAAUUAAAGGAAUACUUUCGUAUACGAAGUUAAUUUUUAUCUCAAACUAAAUAUAUUGAAAUGAAAUGAAUGUAAUUAAUAAUAUUCAUUUAAAUACUACGAUAUUAAUUAUUUCAUAUUAUGGUUCGCACAAUGACAUGUACCUGACAUUUGAAGUAGAAAUUCCGAUGAAAAUUUAAAGUGAAAGGGCUGAGAAAAAUUGUCCUAGUCACCUGUAAUCUUAUGUACAAAAAUUACGUACUAGUCGGGUUAUUAUAUCCGUACAAUAUUUCCCUAGCUCUUUAGACAAAAACUAAUAUAUUUGAAUUUAAACUGUUAUUGUAAUUAAAUAUUGAAAUUAUAUGUUAAUAAAGAGGAUAAUUUUCAAACAAA